AUGGUUCUGAGGUCAAACCAUGCUUCAAGAAGCAGACGUUCUUCGUCAAUAGAUCGAUAUCGGCGGAACUCGAUUGCCUCGCAAGAGUCAUCUUCGUAUCUUGCAGAGGAAAAUAGUAAUGAAAUGUAUUCAGGUGCAGCUUCUGAAGUUAUUCCAUCUUCUAUCACUUCACUUCAUUACCCUCACCAUUUUGGUCGCUUUAGUAGUAGACAAAAUUCAAGUAUUUCUGCUGAAGCAUCUCCACUUUUGGCACCAACCACCGAUCAACAAUAUUAUCAGCUGCCACAACAAUUAGCUGCUGAGGGAAAUGAUUUAUAUUCAGUGAAAUCCAAUUCGACAAGAGGUUCUGUUGAUACCAAUGGUCAUUCUACAGCUGGUGGGUUCCGUUUCUUUUCUGUAGAUGAAAUUGAAAUGGCCCCUGGUGGAUCUACUUUAGAAAAUCCAGAAGAUCCAGUUGAUUAUAACACAAAUUGGGAUUAUUCCAUUGGGAAAUACGAUGAAGAUGAACAGGAUAAAGUUUCAAUUGCCCUCGAUGUUGGUAGUCAUAAUAACUUCCAACCAGGUCAUUCUCCUCAGAACCAAGAUGAUAAUAGUUAUGGAUCAUUUGAUUCAUCUUCAGUCAGAUUUGAUCGUAGAAAUAAUAGACGUCUUUCCGAUGAAUCCGACAAGAGUUUACUUGAACGGACAAGCAACACCUCUUCAUUUGGAAAACAAGGCAGAGAUGAAACCCAUUCAUUUUCAGCAAUUUCAGAAUAUCAAAGAUAUUAUUUGGCUGAAGAAGAUUUGGUUAUUGGUAUUGCAGGUUAUAAAACAAAGUUUUGGAAACAAUUUUGUUAUUAUUUCAUUUGCUUUGCAACUUUAGGUUUGGGAUAUCUUAUCUUUAGAUGGGUCCCCAAAUAUAGAGUUGGUCUCCUCGGCGAUAGAACUCCAUUGGGGCUUUCUGAUUGGGUUGUCAUUGAAAAUGAAUUUGGUGAAUUGGUUAUUGUAAACAUUUCAAAACAACGUAUCGAGGAUAGAUUAUCUAGCUUUUUGGUUCUUACUUCGGAAAAGGAAGAGGUCGAAGGUGAUGGACAGGGAAAAUAUGAUGAUGUAGUAGAUGCUUCAGAACAUGACCCUACGAUCACAUAUAUGCAUUCAUUCACCUACAGAUAUAUCAAGUUUUUCUAUAGUCCUGUGGAAGAUAUGUUUAGAACUAAUUCAAACUGGUACGAUAACAAUUGGUUAAGUAUGAAACAUACUGGAGAUGGGGUUCUGCAAAAGCUUCAUUCUCAAAGAUUGGCAAUCUUUGGAGAAAACAAUAUUGAAAUUGAAGAAAAGUCUAUCUUUCAAUUGAUGAUGGAUGAAGUGUUACAUCCAUUUUAUGUAUUCCAAGUAUUUUCCAUCUUUUUGUGGCUUGCUGAUAAUUAUUAUUAUUAUGCAACCUGUAUUUUUAUCAUUUCUGUUGUUUCUAUCGCCAAUACUUUAGCUGAAACAAAAUCUACCAUUAACCGUUUAAAGGAAGUUUCAAGAUUCAACUGUGAAGUGAGAGUAUGGCGUAACAAUUUCUGGAAACAAAUAGAUUCCAAUGAAUUGGUUCCAGGGGAUGUAUUCGAAGUCGAUCCUUCAUUGAAUUUACUUCCCUGUGAUGCUCUUUUGAUUAAUGGUGAAUGUGUUAUCAACGAGUCGAUGCUUACCGGUGAGAGUGUUCCAGUAACUAAAGUUGAAGCAACCCAUGAGACAGUCGCCCUUUUACCAGAAAAUUUUACUUCUCCAUUUUUAGCAAGAUCAUUCUUAUACAAUGGUACUAAACUUUUGAAGAUGAAAUCUUCCAAUGAAGAACCAGUGACUGCUAUGGUAGUGAAGACAGGAUUCAAUACGACCAAGGGGUCUUUAGUGAGAUCAAUGUUAUUCCCUAAACCAACUGGGUUCAAAUUUUACGAAGAUUCCUUCAAAUAUAUUGGAUUUAUGACAAUUAUUGCAGCAAUUGGAUUUAUUUAUUCCACUUACAAUUUCAUUCAAAUUGGUUUGGAUACUAAAACUAUGGUUUUAAGAGCUUUAGAUAUUAUCACCAUUGUUGUUCCACCAGCCUUGCCCGCAACUUUAACCAUUGGAACUACUUUUGCAAUUAAUAGAUUGAAAGGAAAGAAUAUUUUCUGUAUUGCUCCUACUAGAGUAAAUAUUGGUGGGAAAUUGGAUGUCAUGUGUUUUGAUAAAACCGGUACUUUGACUGAAGAUGGAUUAGAUAUCUUAGGUGUUCAUGUUUCGAAUAAUGCCCAAGGACGGAAAGAAAUGGUUUUCGAAGAUAUGGUAUCGAAGGUUAAGGACCUUGAAAAGGGUAAAACCAUUGACAAAUACUCUACCAACAAUAACACUUAUUUAUUAUCAUGUAUGGCUUCAUGUCAUUCUUUAAGAUUGAUCGACGAUGAAUUACUCGGUGAUCCACUUGAUGCUAAAAUGUUUGAAUUCGCAAAUUGGAAUUUUGAAGAAGAUUAUGUUACUUCAUCAGGAGCUUCAUAUUCUCGUGUUUAUCCAAAUGCAAGCACCGAAGGAUUUGUUACUGUAAAGGAAUAUGAAUUUAUUUCUUCGUUAAGACGUAUGUCUGUUCUUGUCAGAGAAGCUGCUAGUCACAAGUCUCAAGAUACAAUUGUUUACACUAAAGGUGCACCCGAAGUUAUGUUUGACAUUUGUCUUCCAGAAACCUUACCAGCUCUGUAUGAAGAACUUUUACAUAGGUACACGCAUAAUGGUUAUAGAGUCAUAGCUUGUGCUUAUAAGAAUAUUGGAAAGGUUGGUAGAGAAUAUCCUGAGCGUGAAUCAGUCGAAUCUGGAAUGACAUUUGCUGGAUUUAUUAUUUUUGAGAAUAAGCUUAAAAAAUCUACCAAACCUACUCUUAGGUCAUUAAACGAAGCUAAAAUUAGAACAGUGAUGUGUACAGGUGAUAAUAUCUUGACAGCUAUAAGUGUUGCCAGAGAAUGUGAAUUGAUUACAGCAAAGACUGUAUAUGUACCAACAUACGAGGAAGGUGCAAAUGAAACCAAUCUUGUAUGGUCAGAUGUUGACAAUUCAGAGAACAGAUUAGAUUCAAUUACAUUGAAGCCAAUUUCUUUGACAAAUGAUCAUGGACCUGACAGUUACCGUCUUGCAAUUACUGGUGACGUCUUUAGAUACUUACUUACUGAAGUAAAGAAUGAUAGUGUUAUGCAACGUAUCUUGAUGUCAUGUGACAUAUUUGCCCGUAUGUCUCCUGAUGAAAAGCAUGAAUUGGUUGAACAAUUACAAAACAUUGAUUACACUGUUGGAUUUUGUGGUGAUGGUGCAAAUGAUUGUGGUGCUCUUAAGGCAGCAGAUGUUGGUAUUUCACUUUCUGAAGCCGAAGCAUCCGUUGCAGCACCAUUUACCUCCCGCCUUUUUGAAAUAUCAUGUGUUAUCGAUGUUAUUAAAGAAGGUAGAUCAAGUUUAGUUACCAGUUUUUCCUGUUUCAAGUAUAUGUCCUUAUACUCUGCAAUUCAAUUUAUCACUGUUUCCAUUUUAUAUAAAACAGGAACUAACUUAGGAGAUUUCCAGUUUUUAUACAUUGAUAUGUGUUUAAUUCUUCCAUUGGCUAUCUUCAUGUCUUGGAGUAAACCCUUUGGUAAAUUGGUAAUAAAGCGUCCUACUGCUAACUUGGUUUCUCCAAAGGUUCUUAUCCCAUUAUGUUGUCAUAUUACCAUUAUUCUAAUUUUCCAAGUAUUUUUAUGGUUGAUUGUUCAUAAUCAACCAUGGUAUAUCAAACCAAUUCCAGGAACUGAUGAUGCGGUUCAAUCCUCAGAUAAUACAGUUUUGUUCUUAUACACAAACUUCCAGUAUAUAUUGAUAGCCAUUGUCUUAAGUACUGGACCUCCUUAUAGAGAACCUAUGACCAAAAAUAUUCCAUUUUUGAUUAACGUUCUUUUCUCAUGUUUACUUUCAGGUUCUAUCUUUUUAAUUUCACAAGACUCUUGGUGGGGCGACUUUAUGCAAUUGACUGAUAUGCCUCGUGAGUGGUAUUGGUUUAUUGUAAUUUGUGCGGGGAUUAACUUGACGAUUAUGUUAAUUGGAGAAAAAUGGUGGUUCCCAGCGUUGGCAAGAAUUUACAAGAGAAUUACAAAGAAGGGACAACUAGGUAGCAGAAAGAUUUUUAAGAAUUUAAGAGACUCUACUGUUCAAGGGGUUUAA